AUGGCCUCUUCUCUUAACAUCCUCCUCCUCGUCCUCAUCUCCUUAUCCACCACCAUCCCCUUCGCAUUUCAAUCUCGCACUCCUCCCCAAAAUGCAACACACCUCCACCUCUACUUCCACGAAAUCAACGGCGGUCCAAAUAGCACAACCACCCCCAUCACACCCCUCAACUCAUCUUCCUCAGGAUUCGGAGGUGUAGUUGCUAUCGAUGAUAAGCUCAGAAAAGGCCCCCAAGCCACAUCGAAGCUCAUCGGACGAGUCCAAGGGUUACUGGUUGCAGUAUCACAAGAGGAGCUCGUAUUUCUUAUGAAUACGAACUUUGUGUUUGUAGAUGGGAAGUAUACUGGGAGUAGUUUAGCUGUUUAUGGAAGGGCUGUGUUUGCUUCCGAGACGAGGGAGUGGAGUAUUAUUGGAGGGACUGGACAGUUUAGGCUCGCUCGUGGUUACGUUGUCGGAAAGAAAUUGAGUUCACCGGCGGCUACUCUUCUUAUUGAGCUCGAUAUCUAUGUCUUGUCCAAGAAGCGUAGGGUUUAUAUGUAG